CCAUGGUAAUUAGAUCUGGCCAAUGUGGGCCCUGGGCUCCGGCCUGGGGGCAUAUAAGGGGGGCCCGGGGCAACAGACCCCUCAUAUCACUCAGAGGUCUCCUCUCUACCCUCAUUCCUCUGCGUCCAUCUCCUGAGUCCACUCAGACUCCCCUCUCCAGCCAACAUGGACGUCUUCUCACCAUCCCAGGUCUACUACGACAGAGCGUGCGCUUCGUCCCCGGACAGCCUGGAGUUCGGCCCCGGCGUGGAGCUGGAUGGCUCCGAGGAGGACGAGCAUGUGAGGGUACCCGGGGCCCCUCACCAGCCGGGACACUGCCUCCAAUGGGCCUGCAAGGCCUGCAAGCGCAAGUCCAACUUCGUGGACCGCAGACGCGCCGCCACCAUGCGUGAGCGCCGGCGGCUGAAGAAGGUCAACCACGCUUUUGAGGCUCUGAGGCGCUGCACCUCAGCCAACCCCAGCCAGCGCCUGCCCAAGGUGGAGAUCCUGCGCAACGCCAUCCAGUACAUCGAGAGCCUGCAGGAGCUGCUACGAGAGCAGGUGGAAAACUACUACGGCCUUCCUGGGGAGAGCAGCUCAGAGCCCGGGAGCCCGCUGUCCAGCUGCUCUGACGGCAUGGCUGACAGCAACAGUCCGGUGUGGCAACAUCUGAAUGCAAACUACAGCAGCGGAUAUUCAUAUGCGAAGAACGAGAGUUUAGGCGAUAAGGUGCCCGGAGCCUCCAGCCUGGAGUGUCUCUCCAGCAUCGUGGACCGCCUCUCCUCGGUGGACACUAGCUGCGGCGGGCCGGCGGCUCUGAGAGACAUGGCCACCUUCUCCCCCGGCAGCUCCGACUCGCAGCCCUGCACGCCGGAGAGCCCCGGGUCCAGGCCCGUCUACCACGUCCUGUGAGGGGGGACUUUGACGUGGAUAUAUUGCCACAGGAGGGCGGCGGCCUGCUUUCACCGAACGCCAGCUGCAUUUGCAACAAGAGAUAAGAACUAGACUCAGCUGCGUGCGAGGACCUGCGGCGAACAGCUUUAAUAUUGUACAUGAGAAUGUAAAUAUGUAAUGUAAAUGCCCAUUUAUUCUAUACAUGCUAUUAUACCCAGUGAGACAUAUUUAAUUAUGACAGUUAAUGUAAUGUUGCAUUAU